AGCGAACGGUCUCAUGACUGAAGACGUCGCGUUCUUAUUCCACUGCAAUCGCAAGAGUUAAUAAUAAUAUUAAUAAUAAUUUGAAAGAAGGAUGAAAGGUGUCGGCGGAAUCGGUGGAGCGCUGAAGGGGUUCUUCUUCGGCAAAAAGUACGAUUUCCCCGAGAAAUUCGACAAAAACGAAAAGACCGAUUUCGAGACUGCGAUCACCGCUACAGGAUUCGGUAAAUUCAACCUUUGGUUAAUCUUGGUCGCGAUUCCGUCCGGAUGGGCGUCCCUGUUCGAGACGACGACCAUCUCUUAUUUGAUCCCUGUGGCCCACUGCGAUCUGGACAUCUCCCUCGAGGAACGUGGCUACUUGAUCUCCAUCUCUUAUUUGGGUGAGGAAACUUUUAAUCCGGCGAACAAACACAUUUAGCGGUGGAAAAGUUUUUCAAAUUCAUUUAAUGUAAAUACCGUUGUUUUUCGUUUCAUUGUUUGAAUCAACUUCGGUGGAGAUUAAGAAGUCACGAUGAUUUAGUGAUUUAUAAAUUUAGUCUGCUUUC